CAACCCGUAAUCCUAUCGAAAACGCUAUAUUUGGAAUCUUGUGAAUUAAUUCGAAACGAAACCGCGGGAACGAGCGGUGAACUUGUCCUACAUACGCAGCGACCAAUGUCGCUGAGUUGCAUACGGUAUAUUCGAAACAGUCGUAUAUCGUUUGAGAAUUAUGCGGCAUUAUUGAAAAAUCAUACAUAUGAGUAAAUUUUUUUUGUUUUUAAAAUUUUUGUUCCACAAAUUAUAUGUAGUUGUCAGAAAUUUAUUUGAUUUUUAUUUGGAUGUAAGUGUGAUACUCUUUCUUAAAUAUAAUUCAAUAGUUUGUUUUUCGUUUAUCUGUCAUUGUGUUCGCAUAUCUCGCUGCGACUCUUUUGCAAAAAUGAGUGCGAAUGUGAAAAUAGGCUAAUCGUAGUCUCAUCAAUCGUAGCUCGAGGUUGUAUGAGACAGAAGUGGAAACUUAAUGAAAUAUUAAUGAGACAGAAGAAACGACGAUCUUUAACAAUUCUCCGGCGAGAAGCUGAGCCAAUUUAUCUCUCACCUAUAUUAUUUUAUGUCAGAAUUGUAGUUCCGAUAUCUUUUAUGCAAAAUACAUCGUGCGCGCGCAGUUAAACUCGCCGCGCACGUAUGUGUGUGUGUGUGUGUGUGAUUUUGGCUCGCCAAAAAACUUGGUUAUUUAAAACCAACCUUGGCUAUUCUAACGUAAAUUUUAUUAAUAAAAUUACUUAUACAAAGUAAAAGACAACAUUACACGUGUCAAUCAAAUAGAUUUCUCAGCGUCUUAAUUGAAGCUUUUAAUUAGCUCUUUUCAAACGAGCGAUGCGCCGUACGUAAUAAGUGACGUAAUAUUUUUUUAAAAUAGUUGAUCAAUUUAGCAUUCAGCUUAUGCAAUUUUCUCCAAGUAACCGUGACGUUUCUGGCACCGACUUACUUUCUCUCACUCGCUUUUGUUUCGUUUUCUUUUUUAUUUUUUAUUGAGUUUUUUUCGUAUCGUUUAGAUAAGUAAUUUAUCGAAUGACUUUUUCUUUUGUCAAAAUUUUUACUUCAAUAUUUUUGCGUCAUUACGUAUCACAUUUUUCGUCAAAUUACUCUAAUGCGUAACGCGUCUAUGUUCUCCGGAUAAUGUGUUAGAUAUUUACAUUCCGAGACAAUGAGACAAAAUUUAAUAUAAAAAAUAAUCGUCCGCAUUUAUCGAAAACAAUUUCUUUUUUUUCCAUCUUUUCUCGAACGACAGUAAUUACAACACCGCAUUUUCAUGCCGACAUGGAAAAGUGGGGACUGACUCUCACCGCUCGAGCGACGGCGGCGAAACGUCUUUCGCGAACUCACUCGUGUGACUGCAAACUACGUAAACGUAUCGAUUUCGCAACUUCUACGCGAACGAUCGCAUAUUAGCGAAUAAUUGUGAGCGUUGUACAAUUAAAAGUUCUUUGAAAUCUUUUAUUUGUUUUAUAUUCAGUGAAAAGUCGACGAUUAUGGAUAGCACUGUGGAGAACUUCGUUGAAAUUCACUCUAUUUGCGACUCGAAUUAUUAUGUACCUUCGGCCAUUCAGCUCGUAGAAAAUUUAAAUGAGUUCGCGAUCGGAUUGCUAAGCGUUGGAUCGAUACUCUCGAUCCUCACAUUCUACUUGGCUGUCGAUACCUGUCAUAAUGUUUUGUCCCAAAAAGAUUCGAGAUUCUUUAAAUCAAACGUUAUCAUGAUCAUGUCGGUUUAUCCGGUAGCGAGUGUUUGCAGUUUUACAGCAAUUGCGAUACCGAGGGGCCAGUUAUUGUCGGAAGCGGUAACGCAGAUGUUUUUAACAACCGCUCUUUAUCGGUUGUACCACCUUCUGCUGGACGUCGGUCGGCGUAAGAUCAACGAAACGCCCACGCUGAUAUUACGAGUCGGCCCUUGUUGCUGUUGGCCCUGUUUACCGUUCCCGGAUGUUCGGAUGACCGACUCCCAUCUGUCCUGGUUGAAAAUCUUGAUCUUGCAGCUCCCAAUAGUCCAGGGCCUUCUAUUCUGCAUAUUCCUCUUCAUGGCGGCCGAGAACACGACACUCGCUGACCAAUAUAUGAUCUACUUUCAACCGAUCAUGGUGACCAGCAUAUUGUUGGGAAUAUACAGUCUGACGGUUGCCACGAAAACGUUGCACAAAGUAGCUCCGGAGGCCAAAUUGCAUUUUAAAACGCUGGUGUUACAAUUGGUGCUCCUGUUCUCGAAGCUGCAGUUGGGUAUCAUCAGAAGUCUGUCGAGUCUGUUUCCGUGCAAUCCUCCAAUUUCACCGGCGGUUUACGCCAACGUGACGUUUAACGCUUUGAUGCUACUCGAAAUGUUGCUGCUGUGCUACGUCGCUCGACGUAUAUAUUACGUUGAUUUGGAUAAGAAUCAAGAAUCGGACGCCGCGACGGAUCAAACGAGAACUUCGACGGAUAAUUCGGCAAACGGCGCCAACAAGCAACUUCCCUCGACGAUAGCGUAGUUAAUAUGAGACGCGUGAGAGAACGGCACUGGCACUUUGUCAUAUACGUAUUUGUGUCUAAGCGAUGUUUUGUAAAUAGUAUUGAAAAAUGACACACAAAAUUGACGCGCACGUUUCGAAAUCUUCGCAGCGCAAGAUUGUCGAAAGCAUCUCCUCGUUCCGACGAUGUUAGUGAACUAACGAACAUUGUGUUUUUUUUCGAAAUUUCGAAAGGAAUAAGUACAAAAUAUUGAUAACUCGCAGCUCAAAAUUGAAUUAAGUAAAACAAAUUGGCAAUAGAGCAGCGACGCGGUUAUUGGUGCGUAAAAAAAAUGUUGGUUAUUAAAAAACAAAUGUUAAACCAAGGUUAAAUACAACUUUUUAAGCAAUGAUAACGGUUCGGAAAUUGAAUACAAGUAAUAAAUCGGCAAUGGAGCCGACGCGGUUAUUUGGCGCGCGCAUAAACCUUAUCAUUUAUUAAAAAGCAAAUGUCGGGCCGCGUUAAAUACAAAUUAAACCAGUGAUAACGGCUCGGACGUACAAAUUCGAUACAACAGUUAUCGCGCGCCAAUAAAUAACCGCGCGUUGAUUCUAACUGUCAAUUUAUCGCUUGUAUUCGAUAAACAAUAAAAUUUGCGUUUUUUUUCGAAAAAGACUGUGAAGAAACAGAUGUGUCGAUUUUAAAAGAGAUUAGUAUCUUAUACUCAUUGCGGAUAUUAUUAUGUGAGAUUUCUCAUUUUUAAGCAAUUAAUAAGUGUUUAAUUAAAAGUGAUAAUUCUUUUUGCGCAGGUGCGAUUGAAAACUACUACAGUAGUAUCGAUCGCGAAUCCGAGAGGCAAAACGUAAAUCACAAAUCGAAAAGACAUUUACGCGGUCUGUUGCGCGCGUAGCAAACGAUCAAGUAGGUACAUGUAAAAAGAAUCCUAUGAUCUUACACAAUGAUGGUGUCCGUUUUUUUAUGAGUCAUCACCGAACCGACGUGCAUGUACCAUAAAUAAUAUGCGGUGUUAAUGUAUAUAUAUAUAUAUGCGAAUGCGACUAAUUAUACAAUAACAAUAUGUUUGAGAUUUCCGAAGUUAGUUUAUAAGUUUUUAGGCCGAGGACUUUAGUCUGUAAUUUGUUUAAUUAUUGUAAAAAGAAAAAAAAACACACAAUCGAGAGUUUGUACAUAAAAAAACAAUAACAAUAAAAAAAAUGUUCAAUUGAG